GGAAGUGCAGAGUGUCAGGUCCCGCUCCCUUGUUGAAACAGAACGAGUUGAUAAAGAACAGCAGCGGCUGGAGCGCAGGAGUGUGCCGCACCCUUUCUGCUCCUCCUUGUUGUAUUAGUGUGCUCAGGUAACAAGCGCUGAAAGUACCGGAAGCAGCAGGAAUGUGCCAGUAGAGGUGACGGUGACUUUAUUGACCCGUUGAAACUUUUUUGAGAGGGGACGAGAAGAAGCGUCUGAAACGGAGCCGCAGCGUAGAAACUUACGUCCGACACAGCAGCGCAGUUUCUUGUUUUUCUUCAGCGCCCAGGUGAUCUCAGAUGUAUUUACGGUGACUCACAAUUGAACCAAGCUCUGAGCUCGAUAUACCUGACGGACAGGCUCCCAGACGCAAUGAAAAGACGACACGGAAGAGCAGGCACUUCGUUAAGACACGAUCCUGAGCACUUUAGAAACGGACUUUCAGGAGACGUCCUUAACGCUGUUGGAGACCCUUAAACCAGGAAAGGCUUACGACUUCAAACUGGAUCCCACUAGUCCUCCUUCCAGGUGAUGGCAAGGCGAUCUCCAAUCUACUGGAGACAACAGUUGUGAACACCGCCCUCAUCUUUAGCCCCUGCUGCCUGUCUACUAACCGUCCAUUUUUUUCGAGUCUUCUCUGACACCACAUCUACCAGACAUCUCAACAUGGUUUUAAACUCUUCCAACACUGAUCGAUGCUACUAUGACCAGAAUGUCAGUUUCUUUUACAAUAACACCGGCAAGAACAUCAGUACCCACUGGCGCAAUCGUGACUACGUGGUUGUCACUUUGGGCAUGACUGUUUGCUUCAUAGUUAUUUUUUCAAACCUUUUGGUCAUAGGAGCCAUUUUCAAAAACCGACGCUUUCACUUCCCCAUCUACUACCUGCUGGGUAAUCUGGCCGUAUCAGACUUAUUCUCAGGUGUCUCCUACCUCCACUUGAUGUUUCACACUGGCCCCUGGACCAUUAAGCUAAGUACGUACCAGUGGUUUGUUCGGCAAGGGCUCAUUGACACCAGCCUAACGGCCUCCGUCCUCAACCUGCUAGCUGUGGCCAUGGAGCGACACCAGACCAUCUUCAACAUGCAGUUGCACAGUAAGAUGAGCACACGGCGGGUUUUCUUCAUCAUAUUUUCCAUCUGGAUUGUGGCAAUCGUUAUGGGCCUUUUUCCCACCAUGGGAUGGAACUGUCUGUGCAACCUGCCCCAGUGCUCCACUAUGGCGCCGCUCUACAGCCGCAGCUUCCUGGUGUUCUGGGCUGUUCUCAACUUGGUGACUUUCUCCAUAAUGGUAGCCAUCUACACCCGAAUCUUUUUCUACGUGAGGCACAAGAGCAAGCAGAUGAAGGAGCACACGACCCAUACCCGACACAAAGAGACUGUAUUUGGCUUGAUGAAGACCGUUUCAAUGAUCUUAGGCCUCUUCGUGUUCUGCUGGACGCCCGGUCUAGUUCUACUGAUGCUCGACGGUGUCGACUGCAAGUGUAAAGUACUGAGCUUCGAGAAGUACUUCCUGGUGCUGGCCGAGUGUAAUUCUUUCGUCAACCCCAUCGUCUACUGCUUCAGGGACCAAGAGAUGAGGAGGACCUUCAAGGAGCUGCUGUGCUUUUUGUGCCGCAGGAAAAACGGCACGUCUGAGAAUCAGUUUACCACCCUUGAGGAUUCGAGGCUUCGUACCAUCCGGAAGACAACUGCGGUCAAUGGGUUGCCGCUCAUGAAUCACGCCUCAGAAGACGCUGCUGCUGGUACUGCAGAAAACUAUAACUGAGGCAAACAUUAGUAUGUCCUCAGCAUGAUCUAAGCAUGCAUACACCCUGACAAAUGCUUGUAUGCUUUAAAGAAGAUUGCUUCAAAGGUCAAUGUCUCUGGCCAACAAACUGAUAUUAAUCCAUGCAACUUUACACUUGUUUUUCCCCUAAUAGACCUAGCUUAUACUGUUUUGAAUGUGAACCACAGCCUGAUUUAUCUUAGGCAACUGUCUGCAGAUUUGUGUAGAGAGUCUACUUUGGAUAUUUCACCGACGAGAUGAGGACGGACCCAGAGGAGCUGCGAAAACAGUGUGACAAUGCGCUAAAGUAGUAAAACUGCAAGGACAGUUACAAAGGUGGGAGCUUUGUGAAGGAUCGAAGUAUGCCCUGCCACACUGUGUACGCUAUGGCUGCUACAUCAACUCGUCGACCUCUCUUCCUGGAAUUUAGAAACAUAUUGCUAAUGUAAAAUAAGUAGGUUUAAAGGUUUCUGUAAAUGACCCUCUAUGGGUCUGUUAGGAGGUUUAGUACUUGAUCUCUGCACAUUGAUACAAAUAUGGGAUGUAAAGUCAGAGAUCAUUUAAAACAAGAACAACUAAAAGGCUCCCGAUUACAACCAGCCAGUCUCGAACUGUUUCCCAUUGUUUGGUCAAUGUCUGGAAGGUUUAGUUGCAGGACUGCUGCAUUGUUUUCUGCGUCUUCUGAAACAAAGAGGCAGCUGAAUGUUUGCAAUAUCGUUUAGAGAUCAAAUGUUUAUUUGCACCAGAGAUUACUCUGUAAAGUAAGCCAUAAAUUGUAAAUAGUAAAAGUUGUAACUUAUCAAUGUUUAGUGCCUAAAACUGUCUUUGAACUGGUUCAUCCUGUGCUGAUUUCAUGCAGGUGGUUAUUAAUCUAGCAUUUUAAUCGCCAGGUUGUGUAGCUUUCAGAGUAAGGGUGUUUUCUUACAAAUUUGCCUUUUUUGAGGAGCACCAAAGUGAUAAAAGGGCCGAAUUUGGUUCUGCUGUUUCUUCAGACUUCAUAUGUUCAUUUUAUAAAUUAUAACAUUUUAUUUAUAUUUGGUUUUUAUCUCGAGGGUAGCUGCAAGGUGAAUAUAUUAGUCCAAAAUUUGCCUCUCGAUUAACAAAAAGCAAAGUUUGUUCUGAGCUUGGCAAAACUUUUUUUAUUGGCAUGUAACUGAAAAGUCUAACACAGUCUCAUCUGAAGGAUGGAAAUAAUUAGAAUCACACAUUAGGGGCUUUCUACAAAUAUAUUUGUCAGAAUAAAAUGUUUUAUUAGCUAUAUUUUUAUUUUUGUUUUAACAUAUUUUUUCCCCCACGCAGUGCCUUGCACCUCUCACGUUUUCUAGCAUCUUGUCACAUUACAACCACAAACUUCAAUGUAUUUUAUUGGUAUUUUAUGUUAUUGAUCAACAGUAGUUCAACAGUCUUUUUCUUUUCUUUUUACAAAUAAAAAUCUAAGAAGUGUUGUAUGCAUUUAGCUCCCCCGAGUCAAUACUUUGUAGAACCACAUUCAUUGCCGUUAAAGCUACAAGUGUUUUGCGUUGAGUUUCUAUCAGCUUUGAAAAUUUGUACUUGUUUUCUGCAAACUAACUCAAGCUCUGUUAGACUGGAUGGUAAGUAUUUGUAAAAAUUAAUCUUCAAGUGUGGCAACAGAUUCUCCAAGGUGAACCUUUGCCCCGGCCUCAGGUGUUUUGCCGCCUUUUGUCAGAUUUUCUUCCAGUAUCGGCCUGUAUUUCCUUCAUCCAUCUUCCAAUCAACUCUUGCUGGCUUCCCUGACCCUGCUGAAGAAAAUCAUCCCCACAGCAUGAUGCUGGCACCACCAUGUUUCACAUUGAGGAUGGUGUGCUCGGCGGGGGCUAGUUCUCGGCCACAUAAAGCAUUAUGGAUGGUUGGUUACAUUUGGGUCUCAUCUGACCAGAACACCUUCUUUCGUGUGUUUGCUGCUGCAAACGUUAAAUGGUACUCACGGCUUUCUUCCUGCUGCUGUUCAGUAAAGGAUUAGUUUGUGGAGUGCCCAACAAAUAGCUGGGUUGUCAGCAGGUGAGAUUGCACAGGACUGCAUUUACAACACGGGUGACUUUUGAAGGCAAUCGGUUGCCUUGGAGUUUAUUUGGAGUUUUCAGAGUGGAGACACAUUUACACGUUGAAAACCAUUCAUCAUUUUCCUUCCACUUCAGUUAUGUGUGACUAAAUGUUGGUGUAUCUUAUAAAAACUACAAUACAAUCCAAUGAAGUUUGUGGUUAUGUGCAAGGUUCAUGGGGUGUGAACACUUUUGCUGUGCACUGUUGUGGUUUUUUAAAAUUUACUCACCCUUUAACAAAACUUCCUAGUUUUCAUUUAAAGCAAUCAAAGUGGCUUCUUGAAGAUUCCACACGCUUUUCUUUUGUAAUAAUUACAGCCAGCUGCAAGUGUUCGUUGCAUACGAUGCACAAUACGUCUUUGUAAAUAUUUGGAUUUUAAACAUUUUAAAAGGACGAUUUAAGAUAAUCUGCGAUAUGUUUCGAGCUAAGAAGCAGACAUGCCAGAAGCAGCUUGGCUUUAUGCAAAAUCAAAGCAAUGUUUUAUUUUUAAUGCCAUGCUGUGGAGCAACCAGGACUAGUAAUAAAACCAAGGCGAAUUGCAUUUAAUAUCAAGUGAAAGUGACAUUUACAUGGUAAUGAUUCACAAACAUUAUAGCUUUAACCACCAUCUUUGCCUCUCCUUCAUUAGUGAUGAAAAUUACAAUGUCAUUAAAAACUUGAAAUAAGGUGUC